ACUGGCACAAAACUUGGCGGUAGCCAAUGGGAAGGGAGGAGAGAGAGAGAGCGAGCUCCACGGAGAGUGAUGUUAGAGAAGCGACAAGACACUGCGUAUCGCAUUCGUUUUGGUGUUCCACAUUACAGCCAUUGCAGUGCAUUUGAGAUCCAAGCGGCAGCCUUUGAUACCGAUACUGAGAUGGGGAAAGAUCCAACGAAGCCGAGGGGAAAGAUGUCCUCCUACGCCUACUUUGUCCAGACCUGUCGAGAGGAGCACAAGAAGAAACACCCGGAAGCUUCCGUCAACUUCUCCGAGUUCUCCAAGAAGUGCUCUGAGAGAUGGAAGACCAUGUCUGCCAAGGAGAAGGGGAAGUUUGAGGAUCUGGCCAAACUGGACAAGGUGCGUUAUGAGAGGGAGAUGAGGAGCUACAUUCCUCCAAAGGGAGAGAAGAAGAAGAGGUUUAAGGACCCCAAUGCCCCCAAGAGACCGUCGUCUGCUUUCUUCAUCUUCUGCGCUGAUUUCCGACCCCAGGUGAAGGGGGAGACCCCUGGCCUGUCUAUCGGUGACGUGGCCAAGAAGCUGGGAGAGAAGUGGAACAACCUAACAGCGGAAGACAAGGUGCCCUAUGAGAAAAAGGCUGCGAAGCUGAAGGAGAAGUACGAGAAGGACAUCACUGCGUAUCGCAACAAGGGCAAGGUGCCGGUCAGCAUGCCAGUGAAGGUCGCUGCCCCAACCAAGGACGACGAUGACGACGACGAUGACGACGACGAUGAUGACGAUGACGACGACGAUGACGAUGACGAGUAGAUCCGCGUUGUUGUUAUCAUUUCUGUUUAUAAAGCAUUUAACCCUUCACGCAUCACUUACUCAGAACAAAAGUUAAAACAUUACUUGAAAAAGUUACACACAAAAAAAAAAACACCUCUCCCCCUCCUCUCUCCCUCCAAAAGCGUAAACGCUGUUUUUAUUAUUAUUAUCGCCGUGUGUAAGAAUUGUUUUGCAGCUGUACAGGUCGUUGUCUCUUUGUGUGUAUAGUUUAACAACAGUGUCACCUGUGUCUGUCUGUGUUUCUAUCUCCCAGUCUCUCUCUGUUGCGUCCAAAAAUCGAAUCCUAUUCCUUAUUAUUUCGUGCACUACUUUUGACAAAGGCCUAAUAGGGUUCAGGUCAAAAGUAGAUCACUAUAUAGGGAAUAGGGUGCAAUUUCUGGACGCCCCCAUUGGAAACCGAUGGGUCUAUUUGCCUUAGAAAGCAGUGCACAGCAGCACAUUACCUAGUUAUAAUGUAGGGUCUUAGUAGUUAUUCUGUUUCCAAUGGGCCCCGUGCGUUUUGUUUCUUGUUUUUUAAAUGGCGUAUUAUCGUAAAGAUAUUUUAAUGGACUAUUUGAAUACCACUGUCAUUGCAAAAAAAAAAAAAAAAGGAAAUAUUAAUAAAGAAAUAUUUGCAUUUUUUUUUUUUUUUUUGAGAUUCUGAAUUUGCUUCUGACGUCAAUAAACUUUAUUUUAAUUUUU